AUGUCUGACUCACUCGCUAUCUUCCGCCAAAAACGCUCAGACGAGCUUGCAAAGCUCGCCGACGAACACAUGCAACACGACCUCCAACCGAACGAUCGCGAUAAACUAAAAGCAGCUGCUUCCUCAGUCUCUCUUUGGACAACCGUUGGAUCAGCCGUUGGUGUGAGUCUGGGGUUACUCGCUGCGAUUCGGCUGCGCAGCACUCGCAAGGCGCUUUUCUCAGCUAUGCGUGCGCAGGAGAAGCCUAUUAAGGUUAUUUUUGAGAAUGGGAGAACUGAGUCCGUUCCUGAUCUUACGCCGUUGUUGAAACCUACUACUUUGGGUGACUUUGCGACUUACUUCUUUGCUUCCCUUGGUGGGUUGCUUUUAGGUGGUGAACUUGGGUUUGCUGGUGGUGCGGCUAGUGGAAGCCGGCGUAUCUCGGCUGAUCCGGAGAGUAAGAAGAGGAUUGAGACUGCGUUCCGGAGAUUCCGAUCUGAUGUUCUGCGGAAGCAGGCUGAUGCGUUGGAUAAGGGGGGUGAGGGAUCUGAGCUGCUUUGA